AUGGAUGUAGUUCCAGAAAAUGUCUCAUACUUUACUCGAGUCGAAAAAAUUGAAAAUUUCGCUCUGUUAGUCUGUCUAGAAUUUUAUUCAAGUUAGAAUUUCAUUUUAUAUUUUAAAUACAUAUGUAUUAUCAUAGAUUUUAUUAAUUAUGUAUGUACUAAUUUUUAGAUCAUUCAAAGAUUACAAAAAAGUUGAAAAGGAAAAUUUAUUAAAUGCACUUAAAAACGAAGAAGGCUUUUGUCCUAUCUUACACAAAACCAUAAAAGUAGGUGUGGCUUAUUAUUACUUUACAUGCUUUACAUCUGAAGAUGAUUAUUUUAAAGCAAGUGUGUUUACUCUAUGUGUAAUAUGUUGUACACUAACAUUAGCAGCUAGAGUAAAUUUACCAGCCAGAAGGAUACAAACAAAUGGUAGGAAGAACUGGUCGGGCUCGUAUGGGAAAUAUAGGAGAAAGUAUACUUAUAUACAAAAAUAAUGAAUUAGAAAAGAUAAUAUUCAUCGCACGUCGAUCACGACUAUCCUCAAAGAGAUAAGCCGUCGAGGAUCUCGACGAUUAAAACAAACGCUUGGUUCUUUAGCAACCCACAUUAAUAUUCAGCAAAAACAUUUAAAUGUGAAUAUUAAACAAAUCGCGAAUGAAACAGUAAGUGAAUUUCUAAAAGCUAGUGUUAUGAAAAUAAAGAAAAAAGAAAAAAAUUUUGCAAAUUCAAACCAAAUAUGUGUUGUUUCUCCGUCACAAGAUAUGUUUUUAACGACACACACAUCAAAAAAAAAAAAAAAAAAAAAAAAUACAAAAGGAAAAAGAAUAUUAGAAUUUAUUAAUGAAACUGAAUUAGAUUUAUGUAGUCUUGGACGUGCAGCUAUAAAAGAUAAAACUUGCAUUGAUAUGCAGUGUGCAUAUCAAGAUUUUAAAAAGGCUCAAGAAUAUUUAAUUCUUAUUGAUUAUUUGUAUCUUUUAUAUCUUGUUACUUACGAUUUAAUAUCUCAGAUAAUAUUAACGGAAUUAAUUUAUUACGAUAAGACAAGAAAGAAGGAGAAAUAUAUUUAGUUCUAAUAAAAAAAUAUUUAACAACUUUUGUCAUGGAAUUAGUGCAAUAUAGCAUCGUGUACAAUGGAGUUACGGUUGUUAAGCGCAACGGGCUUUUGGGCGAGUCUUAA